GCUGACAGGCUGUUUUCCGAAGAGUUUGGAUGUGUGUGCGUGCAGUGCGGCGGCCGUGUGUGUGUGUGUGUGUUGGGGAUGAGUGCAAGGAGUCCAAAGUAGCCGAGGUUUACACGGAGCAAGGCAAGGACCCUGUGGCGGCCUUACAGUGCAGAGCGCGGGGGUCACAUAAUAUAGUGCUCGGUGGCGGUGUGGUGCCCGGGGAACCCUUCAGGCCGGGGAGGCGGGUGACGGCGUCCGGCCCGUGGAAGAUGGCGUCGCCCUCGGGUCUGAUAUUGAUAUAACCCGCGCACCGAGCCCAGCAACCACAGGUGAGGGACGCAGACUGCCUGGCUCCUGGUGACCUGAGUAAACCUUCCCUGGAGUCGGUGUGAAGGAUUCCGCACGAAGCAUGAGUGGAGGAGGGGAGGAGGACAACGUGGUAACCACAGAGACCACGUCCCCUGUUUCCACUAGUGCAUCCACCACCACCACCAUCACAACAGUUACCAACAAUACCUUCAGCACUGCCAUCACAACACAGCCUGCAGACAUCUCACAGCCAGUACCACUUUUACACUCAUCAACGGUGACCCCCAGCAUCACCCCAGUUGGGGAUGUCAUUUCUGUGUCCUCCAACAUAGCAUCAACCUCAGCAUCUAUCACAACCACUGUCACAACACUUUCCCCAGCAACUGUCACUUGUGUCUCAUCAUCAUUCACACCAUCUACAUCAAUAUCAUCUACAACAGCAGCAACACAAGUCACACCCUGCAAAACUAAAUCUGAAGAGGAAGAUGCUGAGGAAGAGGAAGGCACAACAGAUGAAGCUUGUAGUACAUUUGAGAAAGUUUAUAUUUCUCCGGAGCAUCUUGCUUCUAUCACCAAGGAGGAAUUAACUGAAAAAUGGCUACAGCAAGAAAAAUUUAUUGAAAAUUUACAAAACCGAAUGGACUCAUUAGAAAGAGAAGUGGAAGAGCUCCGUGGGUCUCGAGAAAAUGAGGAGCGGUUGAAAGGACAGCUGGCUGAACUGCAGCGCAAAGAGCAGUACCACAUCAUGAGACUCUCCUGUAAGGAACAUGAACUUCAGGAAAUGGGGGCACAAGUCCAAGAGCUGAAGAACAUGUCUGCUGGGGUUGGAGGCCUCAAGCACUGCCUACUGGACCCUGCUGUCAACCUACUCUUUGAGAGGCUCAAACGAGACCUGGACUCUGCACGUGCCAAGAUGGAGGAGACCCAGAGUGAACUGUCAGCCUGGAAGUUCACUCCCGAUAGCAACACGGGGAAGCAGCUGAUGGCCAAGUGUCGUCUCCUCAUCAAAGAGAACGAGGAGCUUGGCCGGAUGAUCACCUCAGGGAGGCUGGCAAAGUUGGAAGGAGAUCUGGCACUUCAAAGGAAUUUUAGUGAAGAACUAAAAAAAUCUCAGUCAGAGCUUGAUGAAUUUCUGCUGGAGAUGGAUGAAGACACAGAGGGAAUGCAAGGGACCAUUUACUACCUCCAACAACAACUAAGGCAAGCUAAGGAACGUAUAAGUCAACUGAAUUCCCAGUUAGCAUUGACUCAAACACCAGACACCCAGUCUGCUGAUGAAAGCAGUGUACCGGUAAUUACAGAGACAGGAAGUGAAUUGAUCAAUGAGGCAGAAAGGACCGAGGAAAGAACAUUGGUGCCUCAGCCCAAUGGUGAUGCACCCCAUGAUGAGCCUCAGUUGAAUAAUGAAUCAACUAUUGACUCAACUGGAGCGAAUCAGCUUACAAAUGGGCGGAAACGGACGCAGAGUGAAAUUGAUGAUGGAUCAGAAUUAGCUGAUAGUCAGGAUGCCAGAGAAGACAAUACUAGUGAGGUUGAGGGGUUGCCACCUCAGAAACGGACCAGAACUGACGGUGAAGAAGGUGAGGGGGAGGAAGGCAUUUUGCCCAUACUGGAGAAUGGUGUGAUGGAGUCAGAAUAGAAUCUUAGGCGGUAAGACAGGGAUCAGUCCCAACCGGACCUUUCACUCUGACCCUUCCUAUGCCAAAUUUUGUUGGCCCACUCCUGUCUGUCUCUCCGGCCCAGCAGUCUGCACCACACUAACUGUCCAAAUUUUGUAUAGACAAAGUAUCAUUUUUGUAUAGCUGUUUAAAAGUGGCAACUCCCAUAAACAUUGGUCUACUGUUUGGAGUUGGUUGGUAACCUUUUAUGCAUAUUAUGUCUCAAAGGUGCCCAUAUUUCCAUUCCCCAAAAAGGGCCAUUCUCCAGACAAUAAUAUGUGGUUUCAGCUGGCACGUAGCAUUUCCAGUUCUACAGUGCUGUGUAAAUGCUGAUAUCCUGGAGUUUUUAAGAUUUUGGUUAUAACUGAAAAUUAUUAACUUGUUUACUAUUGAUAACUAUGUGUAUGAAUUGAAAAACUGUCAAAUUGAAAUUUUAAUACUUUCAUUUACUUUGAUCAUGUCAGGCAUGUAUUUUAAUUUGCUUUCUCAAGAUGCGAAGGACCUGUUUGUACCAGUUGUGCAGUUGGAUAGUGACAGCAUUGCAAACUGGAAGUGUAAUUUUGCUUGUGCUUGGACCCCUCCAUCUCUAUAGGAGUCACUUAUUGUAUACUUGGAAUUCUUGUUAUAUUUACUUUAUUUUUAUCUUCCAGGAAAAUUUUUAUUGUACAUCAUAAAAUCUCGAAAGGGAGCACUGUGAAAUAUACAUUUGCUCUUAAAAUAUUCUGUUCCCUCAUCCCACCACAAAAUUGAUUUUCAUGCAUUAUAGACAGUUUUGAAGUAGUGUUCUAAUUUUAUUUAUUUAUAUUUUUUAAGUAAAAAAUUUCAUUCCUGCAAGGUUGUUCAUGUUGUAUAGAACUUUCCAUCUGCACCAAGGUGGCAAGGAUCAUUGAAUUGUAAAUAUCAGGCUCCAGUGUGUAACACCAUGUUUCACUCAUCAAAGCUGCUUAAUUUUUACAAGAUGUGAAACUCCAGUUCUUGAUGUUAAAAAAUCACAAUAGUACACUCAUAUACUAAAAGGAAACAAAUAUUUAUUCAUGUGUACAAGUAUACAAGUUUCGAGGAAUGUAUAAUUGUUUAUGAGUUUGUAACUUGAAUAACACUCAACGUAUGUAAAUUUCUCAAAUAUUUUAUUAUAAAAUAUACAUGGGUCGAUAAUAUAUAUAUAUAUAUAUAUAUAUAUAUAUAUAUAUAUAUAUAUAUAUAUAUAUAUAUAUAUAUAUAUAUAUAUAUAUAUAUAUAUAUAUGCACACACACACACACUGAAAAUUACUGUCAUUAACAAUUGUCAUUUUGUUUUUGUUUUUUUCCAGAGAAGAGCCUUCAUCAUAAUGUAACUGAGUAAUCUCUUAUGGAGGAGGAAACACUUCAUCCUUUAGAAUGCAAAUCCCGAAUAUUGCUGGUUAUUAUUAUGGCAUAAGCAGUUUGACUUGUUACACAUUUUUGAGAGUACAAUAUGAUUAAAAUUUUAUCAAUACAUCAUAGACAUUGAAUUAAGUUAUGAAAAUUCAUGGCUGUGAAAAGUUAACGAGUGGAUGGGGACAUGUGCAUUAUAUAAAUGUUUUCAUUUUGACCCCCUCCAUUUUUUCAGUGCAAUGUCCUUGAAUGUAACAUCUUGUUUCACAAAUGAGCACAGUUCCAAUUGCUCUUAUAUAACAGUAAUAAAUUGUUACUGUAGUUUGUGCUUCCAAGUGCAGUAUAUUAUUAGAAAGAGAUUUUAAUUGUAAUUUUUUCAUUGUAGCAAAUUUCAAGGCAAAAGUUGAUCAUGUUUCUUAACACCAUAUACUGAAUGAAGAUACAAAGCAAUAUAAUUAAUAGGAAACAAAGAGAUUGCAUAUAGAAAACAGUGAACCAAGGCUUGGGGCAGGUACUGUGUAUAAGUUGUAAAAGUUUUGAAGGCAGUGAAAAGUUUAUGUAAACGGCAUGGCAUGAUAUUUGUGGAAGUAGUUAGCCUGAGGUCAAAAUUGUAGUUAAGUAGAAAUGUUUAAUGUACUGUGGGCAUUUGUCUUUUUGGAGAGUGAUAAAGGAAGCAAAAGACCCACAAUGUUUGCAAUUGCUGUGAUGAUAAUAGAAAAUGAGAACAGAUAAUACAUUUCUAACAAUGGAUGGGUAUGACAGCAGAAUUUUAGGAAGGCAUAUUAAAAUGCAUUUUUCUUGAGAUAUGUGGAUGCUGAGGCAUAAGAGAUGCUACAAGGAGUAAAUUGCACUAACUAGUUGCUUCUAUAAUGGCAAAAGGCCAGGGAAUAAACACUAAAUGCUUUC